CUUUGCGCAAUGACACGGCACCCCAGUAUCCCCCUUUAGACGUCGCGGCGCCAGAAGGGCGCGGCACUCGUGGUUGUAACAGUCACUUCCACACUAAAAAUAGAACCUUUAUUUUGAUCGUCUGAAAUUCAUUAACCGAAUCAGUUCAUGAUUUCGUGUCCGUACUUGCAUCGACCGUGAAAAUGUUGGAUUUGAAUGGUAAAGUUGCAUUGGUUACCGGCGGAGCUUCAGGUCAAGGAAGAGAGUACUGUAAGGAGUUAUUUAAGCAAGGAUGUAAGGUCUCUAUUUGUGAUAUCAACACUGAUGAAGGGGAAGAACUGUUGCAUCAGUUAUCCAAGAUAGCUAGGGAUAGAGUGAUAUUUUGUCCAUGUGACGUCACUGAUUAUCCUCAGUUUGAAGAGGCUUUUCAGACAACGAUAUCCAAACUUGGGGGAGUGGAUAUCGUGGUUAACAACGCAUCAAUUAUGAAUGAUAGGCUGUGGGAAUUGGAAGUUGAUGUGAAUCUGAAUGGUGUAAUUCGGGGACUACUUCUUGCAUAUCGUUUUAUGGGCAAAGACAGAGGAGGCCCAGGAGGUGUUGUAGUUAAUGUAGGUUCUAGCAGCUGCGUUAACCAUUUAGUGUCAUUACCUGUGUUCACCGCUACCAAACACGCUGUGGCAGCUCUAACACGAUCCUAUGGUGACCCAUAUCAUGAAAAACUGACAGGAGUUAAGGUUGUUGCAAUAUGCUCGCCUCCUUCUGAUACAGUACUCACAGAGGAUCCUAGAAAGAGGAUAAUCAGUGGCGAAUACGAACAAGCCUGGCAGAAGGAUAUAAGUAACAUUACUCCAACAAAGUCAGAUUACUUAGCGAGGGCUUUAGCAGAAAUUAUACAAAAAGUUCCUAGCGGUACAAGUUGGCUGGUUGAAGGUACCAAUCCACCAAAAGAAAUAAAAGUAUUUCUUUAAGGAUGAUAAACAAUCAGACUGAUAUCACAUACCUACCUAUUUGCCAAGCGUCGAAACAAAUAUUUUAUACAUGUGGAGAAACAACAUUCUGAUGGAAAUUUUUAUACAAUAUCAGCUAAGGAGGUACAAAGCUACAAAAAAAUUUAAAAACUCAAAAGAGACUUUGGACUACAUCAAGGAACUCGGAAGAAUGAUCCCAGAGAGACCAGUAGUAGUUCUGUUUCGAAAUAUAAGCGAUGUCUAUUUUAUUGUUAUAGUGAAAUACUUCCUGUGAGCUUUGAUUUUGCGUUUGAAAUUAAAAUAUUAUAAGUGAAAUGCAUGUGAUAUUGAAAGAUUUGGCGGAAAAGAGGCUGAAAAUCUGUGAAAACAACCAGUGAAAAAUAUCUUGUAUAUCUUCCAACUGAUUAUUUGUCUGGAUGAUUGUUUCAUGAA